AGACGCCCACCCCUCCCGGUCCGGAUGACCGCACUGCCCGUCACCAACUGUGACGCAUGAAGGCUCCGGGGGCGCGCGCGGGCCCGCUUCAGGGACGCGCAUCAGCUGUGCGUGGCGCGCAUCUUGUCCUCCUCCCUCUCCUCCGGACAGACGAAGCAGGGCCGCCGAACCGAACCGGGUCACGGACUGCAGAGCAGACGGUACCUGUUUCUUUUCACGCGCGGGAUGCUGAGGGGGUUUGGAUGUGGAUUAUGACAUAAUCCAGGUGUUGCUCAGCACGGCCCCAGACCUAACUCCGUUACCAUGGCGACAGGAAGAAAAGGCUCCACCUCCAAAGCCGGGGGGGUGCGUUUCCCUGACGACGACGAGCCUCCCGGCUCCCCGACGCGGAGGGACGACCGGUCCGAGGUGUCCAGCCUGCUCGCCGUUCGGGAGAAGGACGGCAGCUUCCUGGUGAAGGCUGGCUUCCUGAAGAGCCACCACACCUACGAGGUCGUCUUCACACUCCCAGAAGUCCCUGCUCUGGGCAGAGAGCUCUCCACCGCUCCUUCGUCCUCCCCGUCCAGGAGAACCCCGAACCUCCGAGUCCAGAGGAUCGGCGCCACACUGGAGGUCGCUGGCUUUUGCAAACCACAGGAAGUGAGCAUGAGAGCCUUGUCUGUCUGCUCAGGGGGGGUGAAGGUGACCUGCGAGUACCGGACCCACCAGGAGGGGGUGACCCAGGAGGACCUCACGCUGGUGACCAAAGGCAGGAAGGACCACAGUCUGAAGAUCAGAGUCCAGGCCAAAGUCAUCGACCCUCAUCACGGGACCCCCAUGCUGCAGGAGGGCGUGAGGUGCCUGGGCCCCCUCCUGAGGCGGGGCAGCGAGCGUAAGAGGACGUGACGGGGGACGGAUGCUCUCUAUCCUGUUAGGGGGGGGGUCUUCUGGAAAUAAGGACUUGAAAACCGUCAGACGCUGAUCUCAGGAUUUCCUGUAGAAUAGCGUCUCUGCUGCUGAAAUGCUGAGUCAUGCUUGUUAGUUAGUUGAGUCCAAACCCCACCAGCCUUCCUCUGACAGCGGCGUAACCAUGACGACUCAGCUGUCAGAGAAGUUAGGCGGCCUAAAAAAUCCCAACGACCAUCAAAUAAUGCAAAACUAAAGAUGAGUCAGCAAAAAAGAGCAGCAGGAGCUGAAAUACUGCCGAUGGUCUUUUCACCCUCCUUUUGUGGGGAUAAUCUGCAAACGUGGAGCUCAGACAUGGGUCUAUGAAUACUCAUUCAUCCAGGUUGGUUCCACCAUAGUAACAGGUUUAGGGGUCGUCAUGACGACCCCUAAACCUGUUACUAUGGUUGAGCUCAGACUGCAGAUCUAUGGUGGAGCGUCCUCUCUGUCUGUUUAGGAAAAGCAAACGUAGAAUUUUCUUCACAUUUUAGGUCAAAGCCAAGAAGGAAACGCGUCCAAGUGUUGUCUGUCAUUGUGUGUCAGUUGUGUUUGUAGUUUCAGAUUGUGUCUGUUGGUUCAGCAGCUGCUUCUCCCAAACAAUUUAACUGAUUUCUGAUUUCCUGCUUCUGACAUGAAAGUGUUUUUAAAAAAGUUCAAAGCUUUUGGACCAACAAACAACAACAGGUCACGAUGCAGAAGCAGGUAAACAACGCUCAGGCCGGUCACACGACACGCCGGUCACACGACACGCCGGUCACACGACACGCCGGUCACACGACACGCCGGUCACACGACACGCCGGUCACACGACACGCCGGUCACAUGACACGUCGGUCACACGACACGUCGGUCACAUGACACGUCGGUCACACGACACGCCGGUCACAUGACACGCCGGUCACACGACACGCCGGUCACACGACACGCCGGUUACACGACACGCCGGUCACACGACACGCCGGUCACACGACACGUCGGUCACAUGACACGCCGGUUACACGACACGCCGGUCACACGACACGCCGGUCACACGACACGUCGGUCACACGACACGCCGGUCACACGACACGUCGGUCACAUGACACGCCGGUUACACGACACGCCGGUCACACGACACGUCGGUCACAUGACACGCCGGUUACACGACACGCCGGUCACAUGACACGCCGGUUACACGACACGCCGGUCACACGACACGCCGGUCACACGACACGCCGGUCACACGACACGUCGGUCACACGACACGUCGGUCACACGACACGCCGGUCACACGACACGCCGGUCACACGACACGCCGGUCACACGACACGUCGGUCACACGACACGCCGGUCACACGACACGCCGGUCACACGACACGCCGGUCACACGACACGUCGGUCACAUGACACGCCGGUUACACGACACGCCGGUCACAUGACACGCCGGUUACACGACACGCCGGUCACACGACACGUCGGUCACACGACACGCCGGUCACACGACACGCCGGUCACACGACACGCCGGUCACACGACACGUCGGUCACACGACACGCCGGUCACACGACACGUCGGUCACACGACACGCCGGUCACACGACACGUCGGUCACACGACACGCCGGUCACACGACACGUCGGUCACACGACACGCCGGUCACACGACACGUCGGUCACACGACACGCCGGUCACACGACACGCCGGUCACACGACACGUCGGUCACACGACACGCCGGUCACACGACACGCUGCACUUUGAAGACGUUUUCAUAGGAUCAGGUGAAAGUUUAACGCUGUAACGCGAAACAUUUAUGCCCAAAAAAUCAUCUUUUGAAGACAUUUUUACCAGAUUUUGACGAGUCAGAAACACGACGCUGCAGUUGUGAUCCGGAUCAGAUCAAAAGAGGACCGGAUACGUUUGAGUCCAAAUGUUUCAGAAAGUUUUUACCUGAUGAUCCAUGUCAGAAGGAUGGUUUCAUAAAGAACUGCUGAGCAUUCCAACUUAGUAACCAUGGAAACGGGUAACCAUCAAACUUGAGGUUUGCUUGUCAAGGAAAUCAGAGCAGACACUGAGGCCGUCUGCAUCUGUGGCGCAGACACUGAGGCCGUCUGCAGCUUACGCUAAUACAGAUAUCUGAGGAGCUUCUUUGGACCAAACACUUUGGUGAUGUAGUGACACCUGAGCCAAUGAGAGAUCAGCAUCUGCUGCCAUGAGUGUUUUCACUCUUUAACCACCAAUCAGAGUGUGGCGCAGCAGGACAUUCUAUAGAUGUGAAACAUUCCGUUAGUUCAUGCUGACGCUCACAUGAGGAGUUUUUCUGAAACACCUUCAGUUCUUCCUGUAGAGUCUGUGUGGAUCUUCCUGUUCAUCACCUGUAGCUGCAUGUUUGCUGUAAAAGUGACGACUAUCAGUUAUCAGACCCUCAGCAGGUGGAAACGAGUCAUGGACACAUGCAGACAAUCAGGUUCAAGAGCCUGCAGAACCUUCAUGACCUGCAGCUCCACCUGUUCAGAUGUUUCUGUCACUCCUCAGCUCUUUAGGGGUUUUUCCAUCAUUGUUAACCUUUGUCUGUUGACCUGACAGGAAAUAAAAGUUUCCCUCGUGA